AUGCGUAACACGCACAGACCCCGCCCCUGUCUCUCGCUUCCUGUCAGUCUGCUAGCGCAGGCGCAGUGUGGAGUCGGUAUGAUGGCGGCCGCGGUGUUGGCCGAGGGUUCGGUGGUGUCUGGUUUCUCUGGGAUUAUUCACAACGGUAACGGAGCGGCAGUAGCAGGGGGUGUCCCGGGCGUGGGACCUGCAGCAUGGAAUCGCUCGUUGGAGAGAGCGCUGGAAGAGGCGUCGGUGACUGGCGUUCUUAACCUUAGUGGCAGGAAGCUGAGAGAGUUCCCGCGGAGCGCAGCCCGGCAGGACCUCAGCGACACCACGCAGGCCGAUCUCUCUCGGAAUAGACUAUCUGAAGUCCCUGCUGAAAUCUGUCACUACAUUUCCUUGGAGAGCCUAAACCUCUAUCAGAAUUGUAUCCGCUAUGUACCCGAGGCCACCCUAAACCUGCAGGCGCUGAGCUUCCUUAAUAUCAGCCGGAACCAGCUCACUUCUCUACCUGGGUACCUGUGCAGCCUUCCUUUGAAAGUUUUAAUUGCCAGUAACAAUAAGUUAGACUGUUUGCCGGAGGAGGUUGGUGGACUGAGACAUCUCACUGAGCUGGAUGUCAGCUGCAACGAAAUCCGUACGAUCCCAACACAGAUUGGCAAGUUAGAGUCUUUACGGGACCUCAACAUUAGGAGAAAUCACUUAAUGCAGCUUCCAGAAGAACUUGCAGAGCUCCCUCUGGUUCGUUUGGAUUUCUCAUGUAAUAAAGUUACCAGAAUCCCAGUGUGUUACAGAAAUCUGCGGCACCUACAGACCAUAACGCUCGAGAACAACCCCCUGCAAUGCCCACCAGCCCAGAUCUGCAUCAAAGGCAAAAUCCAUAUAUUUAAAUACCUGAAUAUAGAAGCAUGCAAGAGUGCUCCUGACCUUCCCGAUUACGAAAGAAGAGCUCAUGCCUUUAGCACGUGUCAUGACGAGGUGUAUCCAGGACGCCCUUAUGGUGCCCUCGACUCUGGGUUUAAUAGUGUUGACAGUGGAGACAAGAGGUGGUCUGGGAAUGAGCCAACAGAUGAGUUUUCUGACAUUUCUCUCCGCUCUUCUGAUUCAUGUAAGGACCAGCGCCUGCGGAAAGAACCCCAACCCCAAGAGCACAAAGCCAACUUGCUCAUUACCAAUGGCGGAGUAGAACAUGACUUGGAUCAGAUAGAUUAUAUAGACAGCUAUGCAACUGAAGAGGAGGAGGACGAUGUAAGGCAUUCCAAGGGGAAUAGUCUGAGCUCUCAGUUCAUGGCGUACAUAGAGGAGCGUCGAGUAUCGCAUGAGGUUCCUUCUGCAAAACAAACGCCCAACAGAGGAUAUCAGAAAUCAGAAGACGGCCGAAGACAUUUAAGCAGAGAUUCUGAAGAGUUGAGAAGGCCAGAAUCGCUAAGCUUACCACAGAACAAGGAGAGACAGACCUCACCUCGCAGACUUGCUGAGAGGCCUGCAUUAGAUGCUACAUACCUACUGUCUAUGGCAAACAGUCCUAGCCAGGCGGACACGGAGCGUAAGAGAGACAUACUGGAAAGCGCAAGGAGAGAAGCCCAGCUGGCGGCUCAGCAGUAUGAAGCGGAGAGGAGGAGGGGUCGACUCGUACACAAUGACUCUUUGAGUAAAAACAAUAUGCUGAGUCCUGAGAAGCAGAACCCGCAGGGCAAUGAGUGUCCACUUCCAUCCAGACGCUCCCAACACACAGAUGAUAGUGCCCUGUUAGUGAAUGGCUUUGAGCCACAGUUUUUCUUUGAGGUUGACAAUAACACCAAUACCAUUAAAAGGAGGCCAGGAAACCACAUGCAGUGUGAUGAGCGGUCACCAGUCUCUCCAGCUUCCUCAACACCCCAGACAACUCAUCUGUCCUCUCCUGCCAAUUCUUACCGACACUCCCCGGAGAGUUUCUUGUUUAGAGCUGCAGUACGGGACGAAAUAAAGAGAGGAAACACACCUCCACCCUCAGCUGCUCGCAACGAGUCUGUAAACUCCAGAACAGAACAGAGCUCUAAGUUUAACCGGGAAGAUGUAGAAGUGACAGAGAGGCUCCGUAAGAACAUUGAGUCACGGUUAAAGGUGUCCCUUCCUGAUGACCUGGGAUCUGCUUUGACAGAUGGAGUGGUACUGUGUCAUUUAGCCAAUCAUGUCCGGCCUAGAUCGGUACCUAGUAUUCAUGUCCCUUCUCCAGCUGUCCCCAAACUCACCAUGGCAAAGUGCCGACGGAAUGUGGAAAAUUUCUUGGAAGCCUGCAGGAAAAUCGGUGUCCCUCAGGAUCGUCUGUGUCUGCCUCCCCACAUUCUUGAAGAAACCGGAUUGGUGGAAGUGGCAGGAACUGUGCAGGCCCUGCUGGAUUUAGCCCCACCAAAGCAUCUGUCCCCAACCACUGUUUGACUCCCCAAUCGGUCCCAGGAUUCGGACCUCAUGUAUUGCUGCAGUAACCCAUCAUCACUACUAUACAGGGGUGCUGUAGGGCAUAAUCAAUAGGAGACAUACCACAUUUUAACAUAACAAUAUGUUCACACGUUUUUUUUUAUUACAUUUUAAGAGUUUUUCUUUGAUACCCAGCCACUGCCCUGUAAACACUCCUGACAGCCUAAGCACUUUGUUUUUAUUGUAUGCUUUUUUUUGCCUUUCAAAAGAUCCCAUGUUAGGCUCUAUCACACUGUUCUAGACCCACUUGACGUGAAAGUUAAAGGACUAAUAGAGGAGGUGCAAUAAUUUUUGUCUGCUACAGUGAUGGGUCAUAGUGUGAUUUUCUGUAAAGAAUUUUAGGACUGGUUUUACGUUUCAUUACUUGCCACUCACCAUGUGGAUAAUCUCUAAAGGCAUAAUACCCCGAUAUGCCAGCCGGGACUUCUUUGGAGCAAAGAUGGAGAAGAAACUGUACGGUCAAGCAUCCUUCAUGUGUUCAUCAGAGAACUUCACGGUGUACAAUGUAAUCGGCAGAAUGAGGGCAGAAGUAAUUGUAUGAGAAUACUGACUAUUUACAAGCAUCGGGGCCCGUAACUUUCUUUAAUGGGUGGCUCAGCCAGAUAUUUCUUUUGGGUCAUGCUAACCCUGAAUGAUUUAUCGGCUGUCUGUUAUAUUUCAGGGACAGUAUAGGUUGAUUUUAUUUAUGAUUUUAUUUAUUUUUAUUUUGGUUUUUAUUGGGGUUAGGACACGCCAUCUCUGAAAACACAUCUGUAUGUGGGCUAAACUGAGUCAGAGCUUAGAUGAUACCUGUAUAAAUAAUACUUUGCCUCUGCCUUUGUAAAUAUAUUCUUUAGAAUUUAGCAAUGAGGACCACACACUUAUAAUUCUGACUGGGAAUGUACAGAUAUGCCUUAGGAGCUUUGGGUGUCUAUGUAAAAAGUUGUUUUUAGUUUGGACUUAAAAUAUAUUAAUUGCAAUUCUUCCCCAA